AUGAAAAAACAAUCAGAAAUUGUUGAUUCAUUUUGUGAAAAUAUUAAAAGAUAUGCUGUAGAGACUGCUCGUUCAACAAAAUCAUUUGCCACAGGAAAUAGAUAUAUUGAAAUGAUGUCAUAUAAAGAGUUUAGUCAAUCCAUUGACAAUGUACUAAGUGAAAUUAAUCAAACACUAAAAAUGUUUAACGACAUUCAUCCUAAACUUCACAGUAAACUAACUGACAAUGAGAAAGAACGCCCAAAUGAUAUUGAUGUUGUUACUCAUGUAGUUGAUUUUUUACUUGAGGCUGUUGAAAUAGAAGAAACAUUAGAAUUAACAAAAAAUCAGUUUGAUGAUAAGCCACAAGUUAUCAACAAACCACAAUUAAAUUUUACUGAUAAACCAGAUAAUUUUAGUGUUGAAUAUAAACCAAAAUGUAUUAAAAAAUAUCAUUCAAAAUAUCCUGUUGAUACACAACCUCAUCCUUAUAUUAAUGAGAUUCAUGAAUUAAAACAAAUGGGUUGGCAGUUAGAAAAAUGCACUCCACAACCUCCUUUAUCAUUUGAGAAAACACCAUUGGUUUAUGUUAAUACAUUAGAACUUCUUCAAGAAAUGAUUAUAUCAUUAAAUCAUGUCAAUCAAUUUGCUGUCGAUGUAGAACAUCAUAGUGAGCAUUCUUAUUAUGGGUUUGUAUGUUUAUUACAAAUUAGUACACGAUCAAGUGAUUAUAUUAUUGAUACAAUUACAUUAAGAGAUUCAAUAACACUAUUAAAUGAUCCUUUUACAAAUCCAAAUAUUGAGAAAGUAUUUCAUGGAUGUGAUUUUGAUAUGAUUUGGUUAUCAUAUAACUUUGGGUUAUAUGUUGUAAAUUGUAUUGAUUCAGGACAAUGUGCACGAGCAUUAAAAUUACAACACUUUUCAUUAAAAUAUCUUUUACAAAAAUAUUGUAAUGUAGAUGCUGAUAAGAAAUAUCAAUUAGCUGAUUGGAGAUUACGUCCAUUAACAAAAGAAAUGAUUGAGUAUGCAAGAGGAGACACUCAUUAUCUUCUUUAUAUUAUUGAUCAAUUAAGAAAUGAAUGUAUUGAUGUUGGUAUAUUAGAAGAAGUAUUAAAUAAAUCAAAUGAAUUGUGUCUUCGUCUAUUUAGACCUACAGUUUGUUCAGAUGAUGUUAUAGAACGAGUAGCAAGAAGAAGUUGGAUUAAAAAGACACAAUUUGAUACAUUCAAAAAACUUUAUUUAUUAAGAGAUAAAAUAGCAAGAAUUGAAGAUGAAAGUCCAGAGUCAAUAAUUAAUAUGACAAUGUUAUCAAAUAUUGUAAACGAACUUCCAACUGAUUUAGAGAAAUUAAGAUUAUGUUGUUUACCAAAAGUACCUUAUUUUGUUGAGAUGCAUGCAUCUGAAUUUAUUCUUUUAACUAAACAAGAACAUCAAAUAAAAUUAAAUCAAUUACAACAAAUUCAAACAAAUGAAACAAUAUUAUCUGAUACUGUUAAAUUUGUUCAAUCAACUUUAGGAAAAAAUUAUAAACAAACAGUUAUUAGAACUGAUAAACACUUUGAAGAUAUCAUUUAA